GGCCUGCAUUUGUAUUGAGUUCAGUGGAGCACAAAAAAGUAAGUCUUUAGUUGGUAUUUCACAGUCUUUCACUGCAUUUCUGUGAGUUAAGGUGUAAUGUUUGUUUUUGCACACUAGAGGACAUCAUUGGCUAUGAAUUUGUUUUUCUUUAAAGUUUCUCUUCUUAAAGUCCACAAAUUUAGAUGUUAAGAUCCUUCAGGGCUUUUACUGACUUCCAGAUUAUAAAAACAAUAAUAAGAAAAAAAAAGAAAGAAAAGAACAAGAUAUAUAAUAAGAAAACAGUAAUUAAAACAAUAAUUCAUCCUUAAAUUGAUCCUUUAUGAAAUAAUUUUUUUUGGCUAUGAAGUAAAUUGCUUAUUUAGACUUAAAUAACAUUUUUAAUUCAACGUUGCAUAUAUAUAUAUAUGUAUAAAAAACGUUUUCUUAGAAAUGUAACAGCCUACAUCCUGUUUAUCGGAAGAGGGCUAGUUUUUAGUUUCACUUCAACGUGGCUGUGAGCGCGAAACGUGUACAGGGCUGCACUUUCGUCUCACAGCAAGAAGGUUCAAAUCCGACUACGACCUCUCUGUGUGGAGUUUGCAUGUUCUCCUCAUUUCUGGAUGUUUCUCUUCCUACAGCCCCAAAACCUACUUUGAUUCAUUGUUAUUUAAGUUGUUGUGAAUGUGAGUCUGUGGUUGUGUGAUUGUGCAGCUGAUUGACGACCUUUCCAGAAUGUGUGCCACUUUUGUCCAACAGUACCUGGGACAUAGGCUCCAGCUAACUUGUGACCCGGAAAGGAAUAAAACAACUACAGAAAAUGGAUGGAUCUUCGGAGCACCACAGAAUUUCAGAAGUACAACAAUCUAAAGCCCGUUUGUUAAAUUUGAAAAUAGAACUGAAGUUUUAGAUUUCAUGCAGCUGUGAGGAACCUGAAUAUCAACAAAGCUGUUCACAAGACAUUUUGUAACCAUGAAAGAAUCAGAAGAGAAAGAAGAGACUUCUCAGUCUUCAACUCAUGGUCCACCUGAAGAACAUGAAAACCACCACCAACCUGAGAGAAUUGAAGUGGAAAGAGACUAUUCUUCAUCAAGCUCUGUGUCCGUAAUCAGUCACAUGUCCAAGGAUUCUCCUCUAGGUUUCAACAACGAAGUAAAAAAAAUUGAGUUGGAAAAAAAAGAUUUUUCAUCAAGCUCUUUGUCCCUGUCAAGUGACAUGUCAAAGGAUUCUCCUCUUGGUUUCAACAAAGAAGUAAAAAAAAUUGAGUUGGAAAGAAAAGAUUUUUCAUCAAGCUCUUUGUCCCUGUCAAGUGACAUGUCAAAGGAUUCUCCUCUUGGUUUCAACAAAGAAGUAAAAAAAAUUGGGUUGGAAAAAAAAGAUUUUUCAUCAAGCUCUUUGUCCCUGUCAAGUGACAUGUCAAAGGAUUCUCCUCUUGGUUUCAACAAGGACUUGAAAAUUGAGUUGGAAAGAAAAGAUUUUUCAUCAAGCUCUUUGUCCCUGUCAAGUGACAUGUCAAAGGAUUCUCCUCUUGGUUUCAACAAGGACUUAAAAAUUGAGUUGGAAAGAAAAGAUUUUUCAUCAAGCUCUUUGUCCCUGUCAAGUGACAUGUCAAAGGAUUCUCCUCUUGGUUUCAACAAGGACUUAAAAAAAAUUGAAAUGGAAAGAGACUAUUCUCCAUCAAGCUCUGUGUCCGUAAUCAGUCACAUGUCCAAGGAUUCUCCUCUUGGUUUCAACAAAGAAGUAAAAAAAAUUGAGUUGGAAAGAAAAGAUUUUUCAUCAAGCUCUUUGUCCCUGUCAAGUGACAUGUCAAAGGAUUCUCCUCUUGGUUUCAACAAGGACUUUAAAAAAAUCGAGAUGGAAAGAGAAAAUUCCCCAUCAAGCCAAGUGUCUGUAAUAAGUCACAGGUCCAAGGAUUCUCCUCUCGGUUUCAACAAGGAAGUAAAAAAGAUUAACCAGAACAUUCCAGAGAGUCGAACAAGACAAGAAAAAAUGGUUCUUGAAGAAACAGUCUCAGUUUACAAAGACACAGUUGAAAAAAUGUCAUCAUCAAUCAGUCUUCUUCAAAUGAGCAUCAAAAAGAAGUUUGAAAGCAUAUACAAAGAAGAACAUACAGUCUUUCUGAGUCAGAUCUACACAGAGCUGUACAUCACUGAAGGAAGGCCUGCAGAGGUCAACAGAGAACAUGAAAUCAGACAGCUUGAAAGAGCAUUCAGAAAAUCAGACAGACCAGAAACAACAAUCAAACCUGAAGACGUCUGCAAGCCACCACCUGGAAGAAACAAACCAAUCAGAACAGCGAUCACAAUGGGAAUAGCCGGCAUCGGGAAAACAGUCUUAACAAACAAGUUUGCUCUGGACUGGGCUGAAGGCAAGACCAACCAGGACAUCCAGUUCUUAUUUCUGUUUUCUUUCAGAGAACUCAAUCUUUUAAAGGAGAAGAAGUUCAGUCUGGUGGAACUCAUCCAUCAUUUUUAUUCAGAAACUAAAGGUUUCAGCCACUUUGAAGAGUUCAAGGUUCUGUUGAUCUUUGAUGGUCUGGAUGAGUGUCGGUUUCCUCUGAACCUGAACAGCACAGAGAUCCUGACUGAUGUUACACAACCUGCAUCUCUGGGAGUCCUGCUGACAAACCUCAUCAAGGGGAAGCUUCUUCCCUCUGCUCAGCUUUGGAUAACCACACGACCUGCAGCGGCCAGUGUGAUCCCACCUGAGUGUGUUGACAUGGUAACAGAGGUCAGAGGGUUCAACGACUCACAGAAGGAGGAAUACUUUAGGAAACAAUUCAGAGAAGAUGAGGAUCAAGCCAUCACAGUUUACUCCCAGAUCAAGAAGUGCAGAAGCCUCCACAUCAUGUGCCACAUUCCAGUCUUCUGCUGGAUCUCUGCAACAGUUCUGGACGAGCUGCUGAAAAGAGAAGAGCAAAGAGAGACACCCAGAUCCCUGACUGAGAUGUACAUCCACUUUGUGCUGAUCCAAAUUCAAAUGAAGAACAUGAAGUAUGAUGGAGGAUCUGAGACAGAUUCAGUGUGGAAUCCACAAACCAGGAAUAUGAUCUUGUCUUUGGGAAAGCUGGCUUUUGAGCAGCUUCAGAAAGGAAACUUGUUCUUCUACGAGUCUGACCUGACAGAGAGUGGAAUCGACGUCAGAGCCGCCUCAGUGUGUUCAGGAGUGUUCACACAGAUCUUCAAGGAGGAGAGUGGACUCUAUCAGGGCCGGGUGUUCUGCUUUGUUCACCUGAGUGUUCAAGAGUUUCUGGCUGCUCUGUAUGUCCACUUCACAUUUUUCCAGACAGGCAAGAACCUGUUAGAAGAGCAACCAGGUCCUGGGUGGUUUGAUUGGCUUAAAGGUAAAAUGAAUCCUGUUUCCAUCUCCUUUUACCAGAGUGCUAUAGACAAAGCUCUGCAGAGUCCAAACGGACACCUGGACCUCUUCCUGCGGUUCCUCCUGGGUCUCUCACAACCAAACAGCCAGGUUCUCCUAAAAGGACGCUCUCAGGGUGUCUCAUCACAAAGACUGGUGUUGACUAUCUGGCAAAAGCACUGAACUCCAACCACUCACACCUGAAGGAGUUGGACCUGAGCUUCAAUCAUCCAGGAGAAUCUGGAGUGAAUGUCCUUAUGGAAGGAUGGAAGGAUCAAGCCUGGGCUUUGAACAUUUUCAAGAUGAAACCACGAGGACCCAAGUUCAUGAAGCCUGGUUUAAGGAAGUAUGCUGUUGAUCUCACGCUGGAUGAAAACACAGCUCACAGAAACCUCAUACUGAGAAAUUACAACAAGACAGUGAUGAUGGAGAAAGAGAAACAGGCAUAUCCUGAUCAUUCAGAGAGGUUUUCUUACUGGAAACAGGUGUUGUGCACAGAAGGCCUGACUGGGCGCUGUUACUGGGAGGUGGAGUGGAAAGGGGAGGUUUACAUCGCUGUGACUUACAGAGGAAUCAGAAGGAAGGGAGAAAGUGACAACAGUGGACUUGGGAAGAAUGAAAAAUCCUGGAGCCUGCUGUGUUCUGAUGAAAGUCACUCUGUCCUCCACAAUAAUAUCAGCACUGCAGUCCAUGGAGUUCCUUCCAGCAGAGUGGGAGUCUAUCUGGACUCAGAUGCUGGUACUUUGUCUUUCUUCAAGGUCUGCUUGGACAAAGUGAUCCACCUUCACACCUUCAAGACCACAUUCAGUGAGCCAGUCUACCCUGCUUUCAGGAUCAGGACUGAACCCUUCAACUCGUCUCUGACCUUGUGUUACAUUUAUCAUGACAAACAAAAUGAGACAAGAGGUUUGAUGAGACAGAGACUGGCUAGCCGUUAAACAGAAGCAUCUGAUUAAAAAUGCAAAUAAAGUGCCCGGGAUUUAUAGAAAACCAAGAACUAAACCUUAAAAAAAAAAACUAAAAUAAAAAGUUAAACCAAAGAGGUUCUCGCAAGAUUUUAAAGGUUCAAUAUACAUUCUUUACUGCAUUGAAUCUUUUUGAUAGCAUGACAAAAAUACAAAUUACAAAACAAAUAAUUAAUUAAAAUAAAUCUAAAUAUUUUUAAUUUUAAGAGUUGUAUUUUAAGAUCAAUAUGUGAUUUCUACAUUUAAAUGUUUAUAUAGUUUAAUCUGCUUUUUUGUUCAACUGUUACAUCUUUAUCUACUGCAAAUAAUGACAUUUUUUAAAUAUUGCUAAAAAUAAUUAACAACACAAAUGUUUCUCUGACCGCAGCUCUAAUUUUUUUUAGACAAAGAAAAAUAUAUUGUUUUUAAUAGAAGUACUUGGAUUAAAAAAAUCAGUUUAAAAACUACAAAAAUGUUUUUAGCUAAACAAAAGUUCUUUUGACGAAUGUAGGGUACAGAUACACUAAAUCCCACCUUGCAUUCUUUAUUCAUCCGUUUUUCUGCUUUUCUUUAGUAAAAUUGGUUUUGGUUUUUCAAUAUUUGAGUUAUUUAAAGAAAAUCAGAUAGACCUACUUCAAGGGUUUUUUGUUAAAUGAAGAGAGCAGUCAUUUCUUUGAGUUUCAUUUCAAGUUAAAAGAGGUAUGCAUCAAUAAAUGAAUGUAAGUUUAGUUUUGAAAAGCUGAGAGCAAAUAUUUGUUGUUUCUUAUGCUUUGCUUUUCCUUAAACUCAGAAUGCAGCUAGACUUCUCUGACUUUAUUUUUAAGUUACAUUUUUUUUUAAACUAAAUCAUGUUCUUUUUCAAUUUUACCACAUUUAACAUUCUAAAAAAGGUUACUUUAGUGACACUUAACAAUCCUAGAGGAAUCAAAGUCUUUACAGAUAUGUAGCAGCACGAGGAAGAAGGAACAUGAGAAACUGGAGAAAUACCAUGAACUCUGGGAAGAUUUGGAGAAAGCUUGGGAAGGUGAAGAGGACAGUGGUGCAUGUGGUGAUUGGAGGACUCAAAGUGACGGAGAGGCUCCAUCAGAGCCCUGGAAAAACCUCAGAUAUUUAAGUCCAGAAAAGAACAGUGCUGGAACAGCAAAGAUACUUCAGGAUCCUCAAGCUUCCAAACCUCUGUGGAAGAGGACCUGAGCUUGGAUGAAUAACUACCCGUGGAGGGUGAGACGACAUUAGUUAAAAAUGUGCUUACAUAUUAACCGAUUAUCAUUUAUAAUGAUAAGGCUACUAAAUGUUAGUGUGUUUUACAUUUAACUGGAGCAAGAUAUUUUACUGAAUUUUGUCCUUUGACUAAAAUACUUUUAAGAGAGUCUAUUUCUCCUCAGUACAUCAUUUAAAUUAACAAGAUAUGUUGCAUUUCACUCAAAGAUUUUUUUUCAUCUAUUAACUGUGCAACUCUCAAUUCACUUAAUUAUGGUUUCCAUCUGCUGAGUUGCCUGACUGCAUUCACACUGUUGUUGAUUUUGCAGGAGUUUACUUUUUAAUUGUAUUUCUUUUAAAUAAUGUAACCAACACUUUUUUUUAUUCUGACCCACUUCUUAUAAAAGCUAAUAAUAUUCUAAAUUUUGAGACAGUAAUGCAUUCUUUUAUCACAUCCCGGUUGGAUUACUGUAACUCUCUUUAUUUUAGAGUUAGCCAGUCAUCCCUCUCACGUCUCCAGCUGGUCCAGAACGCUGCAGCUCGGGUUCUGGUUGGAGCGUGUAAGAGGGACCAAAUUUAUUAAACUUUGACAUGAUUGUGCAAAUGUUAUUGUUAACUACAACAAUAGCUGUUUUUUAAAUGUUGGUCUAACAUUUGUAGCAUUUGUUUUACCCCUCAAAAAAUAUAAAAAAUGAAUUAACUGUAAUUUAUGUGAUAUUAAAAGUCCUCAUAAUCAAGAUGUUUUAUCUAAUAAGGAAUGGUGAAACGAGAUCAUUGAUCUGUGUGUAAAUAAAGUUCAUAUUAUCAACCUAAUGUAUCGUUGAUUUUAACAUGCUGCUUUAUAAUAAAGAGGAAAAAUUACA